CGCGACGCUGACAGUUGCCAGUUGCCAAUCGCCAAUUCAGAGCCCAGCAUAGGAUUAAAGCCCAACUAAUGCAAUACAUUCUGCUGACUAUUGCAGCUGUGCUGCUGUGCAAAACACAUGCACGACCCCAAGGACCUGCCACGGAGCCAAUCAAGAUCAUUCGCCAGGAACAGGAGGUGAACUUCGAUGGCUCCUACAAAUACGCCUAUGAGACGGAGAACGGCAUCAAUGUGGAGGAGGAGGGCUAUCUCAAGAAUGCUGGCACCGACAAUGCAGGACCGGUCGCACAGGGCUUCUUUUCCUAUACUGCGCCAGAUGGCACACCCAUACGGAUCACCUAUGUAGCGGAUGAGAACGGCUUCCAGCCGCAGGGAGAUCAUCUGCCAACGGCACCGCCCAUACCACCAGCCAUACAGAGGGCCUUGGAUUACAUAGCCACAGCACCACCGCCACCGGCUGACCAGCAGAGCGCCUACACUGCACGCAGAGGCUAACUUCCCAGUACAAGAGAAGCAUAGAGAGCAAGAGAG